GGGAACGCCAUUUCGCUGCACCCCCGCGUCCAGCCGCUUCCCCGCCUUUGCCCUGACAUUAGCCAAUAGAAACGAAGAUCUUCAGGGGGUCUCCUAAGGGGCCCAAUGAUGAUCGAGAAUCGUGGAGCACUUUACCAGUCACGCCGCGGAGUGGGUGGAGCCUCCUGUCAGGACUGGAAGCCACCCAGGCAGAGAGGUCCCAGAUCGUGCACGCGCCAGGGCAGCGGCGCCCCGGCCCCCGGUUCCGGGGCCACUAUCUUCGCGCUGAGCUCCGGCCAAGGCCGCUGCGGCAUCGCGGUGAUCCGGACCAGCGGUCCUUCCAGCGGCCACGCCCUCCGGAGUCUCACGGCGCCGCGGGACUUGCCCCCGGCUCGCAGCGCCUGCCUGCGCCUGCUCAGCCACCCCCGUUCCGGGGAGCCGUUGGACCACGCGCUGGUGCUCUGGUUCCCAGGUCCCCAAAGUUUCACGGGUGAGGACUGCGCGGAGUUCCACGUGCAUGGAGGCCCGGCGGUGGUGAGUGGCGUCCUGCAGGCCCUGGGCAGUGUGCCAGGGCUGCGGCCGGCCGAGGCUGGUGAGUUCACCAGGCGGGCAUUCGCUCACGGGAAGCUGAGCCUGACCGAGGUGGAGGGGCUAGCGGAUCUAAUUCAUGCAGAAACCGAGGCGCAGCGGCGGCAGGCGCUGAGGCAGCUGGACGGGGAACUGGGCCACCUCUGCCGUGGCUGGGCCAAGACUCUCACUAAGGCUCUGGCUCAUGUGGAGGCCUAUAUCGACUUUGGUGAGGAUGACAACCUGGAGGAGGGCGUCCUGGAGCAAGCUGACAGCCAAGUGCGGGAGCUGGAGCUGGCACUGAGCGCACAUCUUCGAGAUGCCAGGCGCGGGCAGAGGCUUCGCUCAGGGGCGCACGUAGUGGUCGCAGGACCCCCCAACGCUGGCAAGAGCAGCCUGGUGAACCUACUCAGCCGGAAGCCUGUGUCCAUAGUGUCCCCGGAGCCGGGGACCACCCGCGACGUGCUGGAGACCCCCGUGGACCUGGCCGGGUUCCCGGCGCUGCUGAGCGACACGGCGGGCUUGCGCGAGGGCGUGGGGCCGGUGGAGCAGGAGGGCGUGCGGCGCGCCCGCGAGAGGCUGGAGCAGGCUGACCUCAUUCUGGCAGUGCUGGAUGCUUCUGACCUGGCCUCUCCGUCCAGCUGCAACUUCCUGGAUACCGUUGUCGUCCGCCCAGGCGCUGGGAGCCCCAGGGAGAACAGCCAGCGCCUCCUGCUGGUGCUGAACAAAUCGGACUUGCUGCCUCGAGGGGGCCCAGACCCCAGGCCCGACCUGCCCCCGCACCUGCUGCUGUCCUGCUUGACCGGAGAGGGUUUGAAUGGCCUCCUGGAGGCGCUGAGGAAGGAGCUGGCUGAAGUGUGUGGGGACCCGUCCACAGGCCCACCACUUCUGACGCGUGUAAGACACCAGCAUCAUCUCCAGGGCUGCCUGGAUGCCCUCGGCCACUACAAGCAGACCAAAGACCUAGCCCUGGCUGCUGAGGCGCUGCGACUCGCCCGGGGCCACCUGGGCCGCAUCACCGGCGGAGGGGGCACUGAGGAGGUCCUGGACAUCAUCUUCCGGGACUUCUGCGUAGGCAAGUGAGGGGACCACUGAAGCUCCCAGCCAGGCUGGGGGUGGGGCGGGGCCAGGAGCCCUGAGGCAUGUGGGAAUAGCUUAGGCCCAGUGAGAAUCUCAUCCCCUGAGGGAAGAACUUGGCCCCAGGACGGUGAAGCGAAGUGCCUCCUUCAGAGGUGGUGAGCUCCCUGUUGCUGGGUGUAGCUUAGUUCCCUGGCAGGGACAUGCUAGGGGUUCCAGCCCUGGCGUGGAGCUCAACGGAGGUCCCUUUGGGUUCCGAUGCUGGGGGAGUAGGAGUGGACGGUUGCCGUAGGGGUGGGAGGGCCUCAGGGAUCUUUGUUUUGUGGUUUUUAAUUUAUUUUGCAAAUACUAAAGGAAUAAUAAAAAAAUUCAGGUGAUCCAGAAAUGCUUAAACAUGGAAAUCUCCCCCCGCCCCAUCCCUUGGGGUCAGUUUGUGUCCUUCCAGAAUUCUCUCUGCUGUUCUGCAUACUUGUGGAUACACCUAUAAAAUAUGUUUUGUCUUGUA